AUGGCGUCCCUCCUGCGGCGCAUGUCCUCGCGGAAGGAGAAGAUCAGCGAGCCCGAGGCGCCGCCGACGCCCGCGGCGGACGAGGACGACGGCCGCGUCAACGUGCGGGCCUACAACAAGAAGACGGGCGAGGUGACGAUCAUGCGGGUCCAGAAGGGCACGCCCAUGGGCGAGGUCUUCAAGCACUACGCGGAGCGGAAAGGCGUGGCCAACGGGCAGCAGAUCGCCAAGCACGCGCGGCUCAUGGACCUGAAGAAGGACCCGGCGGAUCGGCCGAUGGACCCGGCGACGGCGCUCGCGCGGUCGCUGUCGCUCGACGGGCCCGAGCCUUGUUAUGUUGAUGGGGGCCGCCGGCGCGCGAAGCAGCGCAGCGCGUCCAUCUCCUCCGUGGACAUCCGCGGGCCCACGCCGGGCGAGGGCGCGGCGCCGAAGACGCGACGACGGAAGUCGUUCACGUUCGACAAGGCGGGCAACCCCGUGGCCGGCGGGGGCGCGCCCGGCCCCGCCGACGAGGAGACCAAGGAGGACACCUUCCCGGCGAAACCGCCCGAGAAGAAGCAGGACGCCACCUGCAUCGUCAACCUCCCGCCCGAGCCCGAGCCCGCGCCCGAGCCCUUCGACCCGGCCGUCGACGCGCACCCGGCCUUCGACCACCAGGCGUCGGCGGGGAGCGACUACAUGGAGCUCACCAUCGAGGGCCUCGACGACGACGAGUGGAUUUAG